AUGUUCUACAAUAUUAUUAACUCGGAGCGCCGGUCCGGAGAUUCUGCAACGGUCAUGAACCCCAGGACCAAUGAAGCCCUCUGGGAGGUGACAGUCGCACAUGAGACGAACCUUAACGACGCAGUCAAAUCUGCAAGGGUGUCAUUUGAAUUAUGGAAGCUCUUGUCUCUCGAGGAAAGACAGAGGUACCUACUCAAACUAGCCGAUGAGCUAGAACAGCGAAGAGAUGAAAUACAUGCCCCUCUGGCAGCGGAGACCGGAAAAUCUAGCCUCCUCGCAAACAUGGAGAUUGAUGAUACUUUGACGUUUAUCAGAUUUAAUGCAUCUCAGUCAUUGCCUGAUAAAGUGGAAUACGAAAACGACAAACUCAAGAUCGUGUCUACCCAUCAUCCUAUUGGAAUGGUGGGUGCGAUUUGCCCUUGGAAUUUUCCGCUCGUGUUAGCCGUCACCAAGAUUGCUGCUGCGCUCGUCAUGGGAAAUUGCAUCAUUGUUAAAUCGUCGCCAUUUACCCCAUGUGCCACUUCGAAAUUGGCUGAGCUUGCGACAUCCGUGCUUCCGCGGGGUGUACUCCAGGUGCUCAACGGAGACAACGAGGUAGGAAGGCUCCUUACCAUUCAUCCGGGAAUCGACAAAAUUAGUUUCACCGGAUCCAUCGCAACUGGAAAGAAGGUAGCGGAAAGCGCGGCCAGGACUCUGAAACGAGUGACACUCGAGCUCGGUGGAAACGAUGCAAGUGUCGUCUGCCCGGACGUCGAUGUCAAAACCGUUGCUGCUCAGGUUGCUGCCGGAGUUUAUGUGCAUCAGGAUAUCUUCGAAGAAUUCCGAGACUCUUUUGUGGAGGCAGUCAAGGACAUCAAGAUUGACCCUUCUGGUGACCAGUCACCUCUAUUCAGUCCCAUCCAGAAUAAGAUGCAGUACAAAUUGGUCAAAGAUCUCAUCGCCGAUUGCAGGAAAAAAAACUAUACUUUACUUUGUGGGGGAAAUACCGACGACAAGCACCCAGGGCUCUUCAUCGCGCCGGUUGUUGUGGACCAACCACCACAUGAUUCUCGCAUCGUCCAACUGGAGCAGUUUGGUCCUAUCAUUCCGCUUACGAAGUGGUCUACUGAGGUUGAAAUGAUUUCGAUGGUCAAUGGGACAGAUACUGGCCUGGGGGGCUGCGUGUGGGUGCAGAAUGUUGACAAUGCGGAGCGGAUUGCGCGGAAACUCGAGGUUGGAGCAGUAUGGAUCAAUAGCGCUGAAGCCCCCAACCCAUACGGAUACCUUUCUGGUUGGAAGCAAAGUGGAAUUGGAGGCGAGUGGGGGAAUCAGGGCUUACUGUCGUACUCUCACACACAAACAAUUCAGCUGUGCAAGUAG